AUGGCCAGCCAUGGGAUACCCCGCUACAGCUCGAAGGAGAAAUCCGAAGAAACUCGUCAGCAAGAGCUUCGCAAAAUAGAAAAAUACCAGGAGUUGGAUCGGCUAGUUCGUGCGAAGAUUGCAGAACAGCAGUAUACGCCUGAAACACUUCAAAAUAUCUCCGAAUUGUUGACCAAAAACCCGGAGUACUACACGGUGUGGAACUAUCGACGCCGGGUUUUGCGGCACGAAUUCACACAGGCUGCAUCAAGCGACUCGACUGAAGCUGCAGCGGAUCAGAUAACUACUUUAAUCAAGAAUGACCUGCUGUUCCUGAUGCCGCUACUGCGCAGCUUUCCCAAAUGCUACUGGAUUUGGAACUAUCGUUUAUGGCUCCUAGAUGAAGCUAAACGCCUGCUGCCGCUCUCCAUUUCCCGAAGAAUUUGGGAAGAAGAGUUAGCACUUGUGGGCAAAAUGCUUCGCCUAGACAGCAGAAACUUCCAUGGCUGGGGCUACCGACGAGUUGUCGUGGACACGUUAGAAACACUGGCAUCCGAAGAACAGGGGGAGAGUAUGGCGCAAGCAGAAUUCGAGUAUGCGAAGAAGAUGAUUGGGACCAAUCUCUCUAACUUUUCCGCGUGGCAUUAUCGGACGAAGCUUAUCCAGCGAUUGCUCAAUGAGAAAUCAGCCACUGAUGCGGAACGAAGGAAGAUGCUCAAUGACGAACUGGAGCUUAUCCAUCGCGCCCUGUGUGACCCAUAUGACCAGUCACUAUGGUUUUAUCACCAAAACUUAAUGUGCACAUUUGACCCAGCAACAUCAGGGCAGACAAUGGCACCGAACCUCAGUCCGUCGGAGCGGUUGAACUAUGUUCGCCAAGAGAUCGAGGAGAUUCAGGAUAUGCUGGACGGGGCGGAGGAUUGUAAGUAUAUCUACCAAGCAUUAAUCGACUGUACCUUGUUGGCGUCGAAAAUUGAAGGCACCAUGUCCAGCGGCGAUCAACAAAAGGUUUUGAGCUGGAUCUCGGAGUUGAAGAAAAUAGACCCGCUUCGGCGUGGACGGUGGCUGGAUUUUGAGCGUUCACUCUGCAGAUAG